AGCAGCUGCAGUUUCACUAGAGACAUUUUGGAGCAGAGGAGCCUGACAGCAACAGGGACAGGGACAUUCUCAGUUCUGUCUUUGGAUUUAGUGGUAAAAAAAAGAAAAAAAAGGCCCAGCGGCAUAUCUGUGGAUUCAGCUUCAAUUCAAUUAAGGUUGUUCUGAUUGGGACUGUUGAGUGGAGCAAACAGAUAUGUCCUCCAAACCCAAUGGGAGCCCCCCUCCCUAUGAAGAGGAUAAUAGAUAUAAUGGACCUCCUCAGUCAGCCUACUCUUACAUCCCUGACGAUGAGUUUCAGCACUUCUACCGCUGGUCCUCGCCUCCGGGGAUCCUUAAAAUCAUGGCCAUCAUUGUCCUUGUGCUGUGUGUGGCCAUCUUUGCCUGCGUUGCCUCAACGCUGGCGUAUGACAGUCAGGGAGCCAUGUCCGGCUUUGGGGGAAUGUACCCAAAUUAUGGAGGGAUGUAUGGACAGGGAGGUUAUGGAGGAUCAAACUACUAUGGAGCCGGAAACAGUUAUGGCUACGGCUCAAUUGGGGGAAACUACAAUGACCCCCGGGCUGGGAAAGGGUUUAUGAUCACAAUGGCCGCCUUUUCCUUCAUCUUCUCCUUGAUCGUCUUUAUCAUCAUCGUGUCUCAUCAGAGCCUGUCUCAGAGCAGGAAGUUCUACCUGGCCGUGUUGAUCAUCUGCCCCAUCCUGGCACUGUUGAUGCUCGUAGCCACCAUAGUGUACUUGGUGGCAAUAAACCCCUCAUCCCAGGCCUCCACAGUUUACGGCAGCCAGAUUGCGGCUCUGUGUGCUCCAUAUCAACAACAACAGAUGACAGGACUGCUUCAGAACCAGUACCUUUACCACUACUGCGUGGUGGAACCACAGGAGGCCAUCGCCGUCGUGUUCGGCUUCAUGGUGACCGCAGCUUUGAUCAUCAUGCUCGUCUUCGCCCUCAAGACUCGACAGAAGAUCAACAACUAUGGAAAACAGAACAUCUUGUGGAAGAAAUUCAAAGUCGUGGAUGAUCUCGCACCUCCUGAGGACGUCGAGGCGUGGGUGAACAACGUGUCCGCUCCCCCUGAAGACGCCCCAGCUGCAGACUACCCAGACUACUCGGAGAAGCGGAGAGGCUCCAGGAGUUACCUGGAUGAUGAGAGCAGCUACGACAAACCCCCCAUAAGCUACACCCCGCAACCUGUGGUUGACAGGCCCUUGCAGAACGGGGCCCCUUACAGCAGCAGCAGCUCGGAGAUGGCAAGCUCAGCGGGGCGGCCCAAAAAGAGGCGCGCAGGUCGGCCGCACCGCGUCGACGGGCAGGACUACGACACGGACUACAACUCGUCUGGGGACGAGCUGGACGACGACGACUUCGACAGUGAGUUCCCGCCGAUAGAAAACGAGCAGCAGCGCAACAGCUACAAGCAGGAGUUUGACCGCGACCACCUGGAGUACAAAGACCUGCAGGCGGAGCUGGACGUCCUCAACAAGGACCUGUCCAAUCUGGACAGAGAGAUGGACGAGCUGGAGGAGGGAAGCCCACAGUUCCUGGACACUCUGGAUGAGUACAACAAGCUGAAGAGAAUAAAGAAGUCUCCAGAUUACCAGGUGAAGAAGCGCAGGUGUAAAUAUCUGAAGCACAAACUGAACCACAUCAAGAAGAUGGUCGGUGAUUAUGACCGCAGGACCUGAAUGAGUCCGGAUCAAUAACUCCCGUCCAGCGCAGGAAGGACUGCUGUAAAUCUGGGUUGGCAAGUUGUUUUUGUUUUUUGUUUUUUUUGUUUUUUUUUUUUUGGCAGUAAGUUUGUCUCCAAAGCUAGGAUGACUUGCAUUGAGCAACAUGAAAGUUGCUCAAUGCAACUUUCAUGUUGUAUUUCUUUUUUUUCUUGUAUUAUGUCGUCGUUUGUAUUUUGAGUGAUUAUCAUCACAUAUUUAUUGUCUAGUGGAAGAGUUUUGCGACUUGUCCUUGAAGUGAAAAGAAAAUGAAAAAUAAUGUUUGGUUUUAGUAGGUUCCCCUACACCAGUGGUUCUCAAAGGUCCUCCUCCUGUCCCCCCUCCCCUUUCCUAUGGAUUACAAUUAAAUCCCCCCAAAAAUGAAAAAAAUAAAUAAAUCAACUGGACACACACAUCAUUCAACCAGACAUAAACCUACUCAAACAUUUUGUUUUCAAACUUCAGGUUGCAGCAAAACACUUUUGUGUAACUGUUUUUUUUUUUUUUUUUUCAUUCAUCCAUACUGUCUUCCCCCCCCCAAAGCACCCCCAAUUUGCCCUACACUGAACUGAUGUCAGCCGAUUUAUUUUUCAUCACUGUUUCACUGUAAAAUGACUGUAAAUAUGCGGGUUGUGAUUUUGUUCUCUUGCACACAGUUUGGAAUAUUAGCAUGUUUCCUACCCUGUGGUGUAUUUUGCAAUGAUCUGUGAUACAUUUUUAUCUGAAUAAAAUCUUUUAUUGAA